AUGCCGCAUUCACACCACUCUCAUUCGGGCCAGUUCUGCGCCCAUGCAACAUGUACUCUCGAGGACAUGGUCCAACAGGCCAUCUCUCUCAACAUGGACACUUUUGCUCUGACCGAACACAUGCCCCGUGAUGCCGCUGACCUUUAUCCCGAAGAGUCCGACGCCCAAACUCUCGUCGACCUCUUUGACGCCUACUAUCCUGAGGCUUUGCGUUUGCGUGAGAAAUAUGCCUCACAGAUCAAGAUUCUGAUUGGAUUUGAAUCCGAGUGGAUUCGUCCUGAAACCAACGCCAUCAUUAAAGACUUGCUCGCCCGCUUCAAGUUUGACUUCUUCAUCGGCAGCAUUCAUCAUGUCCAUACCAAGCCAAUUGACUUUGAUCACGACAUGUACUAUGAGGCCAGAUCCAUUUCUGGCGGCUCUGAUGAAGACGUCUUUGCUGCCUACUUUGACCAGCAAUAUGACAUGCUCAAGGCUUUGACUCCCCCUUUAGUUGGUCACUUUGAUCUCAUCAGACUGAAGAGCGAUGACCCUGAGCGUGCCUGGACCACCAUGCCAGCAGUCUGGGAGAAGAUUGUCAGGAACCUCGACUUCGUAGCCAGCUACGGGGGCAUCCUCGAGAUCAACUCUAGCGCAAUCCGAAAGGGCAUGUCUGAGCCAUAUCCCAAGGCUGAAAUUUGCAAGGUUCGACUUACCCGCCUCUUUCUUGCUGUACCAGUAUUGACAUUCAACAGGNAAUUCAUCAAGAAAGGGGGACGUUUUGCUCUUUCUGACGACAGCCAUGCCACCAGUCAGGUAGGCCUGAACUUUUCAAAGGUACUAUCUUUCCUCGAAAGCACUGGCAUCAGCCAAGUCUAUCACUUUACCUCUAGAACCGACAACUCAUUCGACACAUCAUCUGUCAAAUCUGUCUCUUUGGAUCAGCUGAAGAAGCACAAAUUCUUCGCUGCAUGA